GAAUCAGAAUCUGAUCCCAACAAGCAGCCCGAAAGUCCCCCGUCUGAGAACGAGCCCUCCAAUCCUGUCAAAGUCCGCCAGAACCCCAAAUAUCAGCUGUUCCUGGAUGGAGACACGAUUGGGAAUGGAUCCAGGGAUACGAAUGGAACGUCUGGGAGAGAGAACGGGAACGGGAGAGAACCCAGGAACAGUUCCCGUUUGGACAGCGCUAGCUCCAGAUUGGACAGCGCCAGCUCCAGAUUCGGGCCAAACUACCGCGGGUCCCUGGAAUCGCUUGCCUCUCGGGACUGGGACACCAUGUCAGACAAGGUGGGAGGUUUUGAGAGUCCUCCCAGAGUGUUCAACAGUCCCUACGCUACAGCGGCUUCCACGGACUACAACCCUGGAAUGAACCGGAUGUCAGAGCAAAAGAUGCAGGAGGUGAUGUCUCCAGCCACAUCAGAGCUGAACCUGUUCAACAGCUACAACAGCAGAAGUAGCAGCCCUGUGCUCUCCUUCACCUCGGCCGCGACCUCCUCACGCGCACGCUUCUCAACCUUCGACUCUCUCAGGAGGCGGGACCAGCCGGUGAUGCCAAGCCAACUCCCCAUGCGGUCCACAGCGUCGCCUGUUGCUAUGCCCAGCAAGAGAGACUACAUCGAGGAGCUGACCAGACAGAUGGAUGCCUGUCAGAAGAGGAACCAGUUCCUGGAGGCAGAGAGCAUAGAGAUGGACAAGGAGAGGAACCAGAUCAGGUUGGAGAUGAGAGGCCUGUUGGUGAACAACGAGGACCUUCUCAGAACCAACAGUACCCUGCAGAUGGAGAUGAACAGGAUGAGGAUGAGGAUGGUAGAGCUGGAGAGAGACAACACGGCCAUGACGGAACGCUUCAGAGUUAUGGAGACGGAGCUGACCGAGUCCAGGGCCCAGAUGGUGGAGGCCAACACUCAGGAAUACGCCUUCAACUUCCUGCAGCAGUCUCUGAAGAAUAAGAUACAGGUCGCUGAGAAAAUGCACCCUACUCCCUACCAUGACCCUGCUCAAAACGAGUGCACUAUAUAA